AAUAAUAUUAUAUAUAUAUGGGGAUCCUAGUAUUUCACUAGACGGACUCGCAGGUGAGACUAAUCCCAAGUACUCACCCCCUCCGAAAGGAGGGCCUCCACGUGGUGAUCCCUGGUAACGCUUUUAGCGGCUAAUGCGAGCCAUACCUGUACCCCUCCGAUUCCUAAAAUUCCUAACUGCAAUCACUCCAACAUCCUUUCCUAAUUCUUCUCCAUUACCAUUUUCCCCCAAUCCGGAAUUGCGCGUGUUCAUCGGACUUGUUUGCAGUCGGGGGUAACAGACUGUAUUUUAGCGUCGCACCUCACUGAUACCUGCCCGCCUCAGUGAGUAACUGUGGGCUUACCGUGUUACCGGGGGCUAUGAUACGGCGGACCUAUUUUCCCCCACACUCGUGGGACCUAUAUGGAACAAAAAAAUAAUAUUAUAAAAAAACUAGCAGGAACACAUACUGCAACUAGCCUGGCUGAUUGGAUGGAGUUUGAUAUCCAACAUACCGAUCGCCAGGCACACUUGUGGAAAGUGGGUGAAGAGCCUAGGAACAUAACUAGUUCUUUGCUGUUUGAAUCCAAAACGGGAAUUCCGUUAUGGAAGGAAAGUCAAGAAACUGUGGGCUCGAAAGUUGCACCGAAAAAUGCAACCGUCGAAACACUACCACAGCCCUCGACAAGUACUGGACUGACUUCAGGCCAAAGCUUACGCGAAGUCAGGAAAACGACUGGCUUGAGUGGUGCGGGUACCAAAUGGUAUUUGCGCUACCUCAAGGAAGGCUUAACGCCUGCCGCGGCAAAGGAAAAGGCGCUGAAUCGGUCAAAAGGUAGUCAAGACUCUAAGAAGAGGCCUGCCCAAGAAAUUAAUCCGAUCGAUGUCCAAUCGGCUAAAAAGAGCAGAGGGAAUGACAAACCUCUGCCAGUGAAAAAUAUAACGGAAAUGGCUGCACCAAAACAACCGAGAAAAACAUUAUCGGGCAGUAGCUAUGAUAGUGUAGCCAAUAGCUUAAGAAUAGUCAUCCUUCCCAAGUUUUACCCGGAGGCAACUCUCUCGAGAGACGAACAAGGAAAGAUCGAAGAACUCCUCAUUGAGAAGAUGUAUAAGGGAUGGGAUUCCAAGCUAAGAUUCAGCGGAAUACACUUUCGGUCAGGACUCAUACUAAUUGACUGUGUAGAUGAAGAAGCGGCGAAAUUCGUUCACAGGGCGGCACCUGAGCUGGACGGAUGGGCUGGUGUUGAACUCACCACGUGUACCGGGGACAACAUACCGAGUAUAUACAUGAUGACGGUCUACCUUCCGAGAGCCAAAGGUGUUGAUACGGAAAAGCUGUUAAAACUACUCAUCACGCAGAAUGAGGGUCUGCAUACUCAGCUAUGGAGAGUAAUUAGCGGCAAGGAUGUGAAAAAUGGAAAACUUCUGACGAUUGGGAUUGACAGCCUGUCGCAGGAGGCCAUUAAAACCAACGGCUGUAGGGUCUUUUACAGGUUCAGCUCCGUCUCGGUCCACUUACAUAAGGGGCGGGUGAACAAAGAGGGAAGUAACUCGGCUGGGGCAACCACACCAGCUGAGGGAACGCUAUCAGCAGCCGUUGCGGAACAAGUAGAGGAGGCGGCCAGACAUGAGAUUAACGAAAGCAGUGUGAAACCUCACGGAAGUGAGGACAUUGAUGCCUUAGAUCUCUCUCUCUCGUAGCUACAGGCUAUCUACCAGGAGACGACACUCAGAUACCAUCUGUAGAGGUCGAUAAACUGGUGGGCUACUGAAAGAAUAUGAAAAUGCCACUCAUACUUGGUUGCGACUCCAAAGCGCACAACGAAAAGUAUAAACAUCAACACAAGAGGCAAUUCACCAACAUUUGCAACUAACUCACGCAAAGAGGUCCAAGGUAUUACUAUAGGAAAUACUCGCGGUUGUGAGUUUGUCAAAAACUGGAGAGUAUCCAGUGAACCUUCUAUGUCUGAUUACAGAAUACAAAGUUGCUUUCAAAAGGCAACAGCGCCAAUUCCACCAAUAUUAAGCGAGAAGAUGGUAACUCCACCGAAGGUGAAGAGGAAAAGAUACAAUUUUUACUGGAUGUUCAUUUCUCAGGAUUAUCUGCAAACCUAGAGACAGAAUCAGGACUACUAAUCGCAAAUAAAGUUACAAAGAAAUAUGGAAACCGACAGAAACAUUUUCUUAUUUGUAAAUUAAGUAACAGAUAGUAAAGUAUACAAACGAUUACAAUGAUAAUGAUUUUUAAUGUACCGGCUAACCAGUUUAAACCAGUCUACUCUUUUACGUACUUACUUACUCCUGCCCUUCUCUCCUAAGUGGAGUUUUUCGAGAGGAACGGACUAUUAACAACAUUAAUAAUUAUGUGAGGCGAAAGGGUAUCUACCGACACUUAAGUGUACAUUAAUAUACUAAAUGCAUUAAAUUAUACUAAAUAUUUUAUAUAAUAAUAAUAAGUAUUAAAUAAUAUAAAAACAAUAAAAUAAAUUAAAUAUACAUUUCUUUGCUAUUCGAAUCUUCCUAAAUUUUAAUUAUUUAUAGUUAUAUACAACAUAUACUUUACAUAUUAAAAUAAAUUCAUUUAAAUUUGAAUUAGUAGUAUUAUUGUGUAUAAAUAUAUACUAAUUCGAGUCGCUGCUUUAAAAAGACUUACGGUAAUAAAGACAUA